UGGAAGAAGCGGUUCAUCGUCGAUGACGCACCUGCACUCGCCAUCAACCGUCUCUUCACCAUGACUCAAGGCAACACAGCAACACGUGACUGGCUCACGGAAUGGCAGAAGAUCGCCGCAACGCCCGAACCAUUUCCGCGUCUGCACCGUGAGUUCUACAACAGGUUAUGCGCUGCAUUGAGCCAGGCACUUGGUGAUCGCGAGCAGUAUGCAACUUUCGCCGAGAUUAUUGACAAGGCGAGAGAGAUCAUCAACACCAACAGGGCGGCUGCACACGAGAGGUCAGCGUCGCAGCCAACCUAUGUGGAGAAGGUGAGAACUGGUUCGCGACAGCAGCAGUUCGUUGCAGUCCAAUCGGACACUGUGGAAGACCCGGCAGCCACCGAAGCGUCACGUGAGGGGGAUCAGGUGGCUGUUGUCCAGCCGCGAAGCAACAUCAAGCCUCGAGUGAAUGGGAAGGCGAAAUCAGCAUCGGCGGCCGGAAAUGGACAGCCUGCACCAUCGUGGACGAUCAGAAACGCCGGCCCUCUCCCACGCAUCGACGAUCUUCUCGAGCGACUGGGCGGCGCCAAGUUCUUCUCCAAGCUCGAUCUCAAGUCGGGAUAUCACCAACUCGAGAUUCCGCAGGAGGAUCGCUACAAGACCGCAUUUAAGACGCGAUAUGGGCAUUUCGAAUGGCUAGUUAUGCCAUUUGGCCUUACGAAUGCCCCGACCACUUUCCAAGCGGCUAUGACAACGGAGUUCCGACACAUGCUGGAUCGAUACGUACUUAUCUACCUCAACGACAUCCUGGUGUACAGCCGGAGUUUGGAGGAGCAUGUGGAACACCUGCGCACCGUUUUGGAGCGGCUACGACAGGCCAAGUACAAAGCCAACCGCGACAAGUGCGAAUUCGCGCAGCAGGAGCUGAAGUACUUGGGACAUUAUGUGACGCCGCAAGGCAUCCGUCCGCUUGCGGACAAGAUCAAGGCCCUACGAGUAUGUCCCAAGCCGAACAACACCACGGACGUUCGUUCAUUCAUGGGAUUGGCGGGCUACUAUCAGCGAUUCAUCACCGGAUACUCUAGGAUUCCUGCACCUAUGACGAGAUUACAAUCGCCAAAGGUGCCAUUUGUAUUCGAUGACGAUGCACGCCGGUCAUUCCAAGCACUUAAGACGACUAUGCUCAUGGCACCCGUCCUUAGCAUCUAUGACCCCACCCUGCCUACGAGAGUGACGACUGACGCUUCCGGCUAUGGCAUUGGGGCAGUCUUGGAACAACACGACGGCGACGACUGGCACCAUGUGGAGUAUUUCAGCCACAAAGUGCCUCCCAUGAACUCGCUUGAUGAUGCAAGGAAGAAGGAGCUACUCGCAUUCGUCAUGGCUCUCAARCGAUGGCGGCACUUCCUCCUUGGGCGUCGUAGGUUCACAUGGGUUACGGACAACUAUCCAUUGACCUACUACAAGACGCAGGAUACGGUGAGCAGCACGAUCGGACGAUGGAUGUACUUCAUCGACCAAUUUGACUACACACCGAAACAUCUUCCCGGCCUCUGCAAUCGCGCAGCAGAUGCACUCUCGCGAAGACCUGAUCUUUGCACUAUGACACAUCAUGCCUUCGCAUUCGACGAGGAGCUCCAGCGACACUUCAUCAAGGGCUACGAGUCCGAUCCAGACUUCGCCACGUUAUAUGCGCAGCUAUCUUCGGAUCACCCGCCGGCCAGCCACUAUCGCAUCGCCGAUGGGUACUUGCUCCUGCACUCGCGGGGCAAGGACUUACUAUGUGUCCCACGCGACCGCCGUCUUCGGACUCGCCUCCUCGGCGAGUAUCAUGUGUCGCGACUCGCCGGCCAUUUCGGAGUCAACCGCACUAUUACACUUCGACAGCGAUUCCGAUGGCCCGACCUCAUCACCGAUGUCACGAGGUAUUGCGACUCCUGCGAAGUUUGCCGUCGAAGCCAACCCCGCAACCGCAACCCCUACGGCGAGCUGCGCCCGAUGUCGAUCCCGCAGGAACCUGGUCUCUCCAUUGCCAUGGAUGUCACCGGACCAUUCCCCCGCGACCGCCUCGGACACGACUUCAUCCUCACGAUCGUGGACCGAUUGAGCCAGAAAGAUUGGGUUGACCGCCUCCACGACAUCGAGUUCGCCUACAACACUUCGGUGCACCCGGCGAUCGGCGUGACUCCAUUCGAGUUGCACCACGGUGGACGGAAAGGCCGUAUCUUCGCCAACCUUCUCCUCCCACGACCAGCCGACAUCGAUGACGCUUGCUCUCCCGCUUCCGUCCGGAAGUACAAAGAAUUGCUGGCUCAAGCCCGCGCAAAUAUGCAAAAGGCUCAAGUCCGCAUGCAGCAGCAAGCCAACAGGCAUCGCGUGCCAUGUCCCAUCCGCGCCGGCGACCUCGUUUGGGUUUCCGCGGAAGAGUUUGCACUGGAACAGGAUGUCUCACGCAAACUGCUUCCCAAGUGGUUUGGACCACAGCCUGUAACAUCAGCCGCGGGCGAUGAGCCCGAUGGCCCUUCAUUUGUGAUCAACAUCCCCCCGCAUCUGACGGUCCAUCCAGUCUUUCACGCCUCAAAGCUGGCAACAUACACGCCACCUAAGAGCGACGACUUUCCGACCGACGAUCGCAGGACCCUCCUAUGGAUGGUCAUCAGGAAGUUGACCGCGUCAUCAUCGAUCGCAAGUACGGCAGCAAGCCGCGACAGUACAAAGUGACAUUCAAAGCCUGCGAUCGCAACGACACUCG